AUGUUCAAGUACGUGUUCGUCGCCCUGGCAGCUCUCCUGGCCGUCGCCUCAGCGCAACCAGGAUACGUGGGAACCUACAGCGCGCCUCUGGCCUACUCAGCUGGAUACAGACCCGCCAUCAGCUACGGAUCUUACGGAUCGGUACCGGUGGUAGCUUCGCCCUAUUCCGGCUACUCGGCUCACUCUGCUUACGCUGCACCGGCUUUCUAUGGACUCACAUAUGGAUAA